ACUUUGAAAUGCCUUGUUGCUAAAGUGUGCUUAAAUAAAUGUGACUUACUGAAUUAUGAUUAAAUAUCAAAGUAAAUCAACACAAUGGAAUCUAAUGUAACCGGAUUAGAUUGGUUUAUGUUGAUUUAAUUCUUCAGUUUUUAGAAGACAGACACACCCAUAUGUUGGCAAAGUUCCUGCAUAACUUUGUCAAGAAGGACCGAUCCUUCUUGAUUUUUAUACUGGAACUUGGCACAAUAUAGAACCUGCAAUAAAUAGAAAACUGAUCUGUUUUUCACUAUAGCAUUAACAUUCAUCUGUACGUUUUAUUAAGAUAAUUUUUUCCACAAAUUGAUGCUCAUAAAAACACCCGCAUGCGACGCCGGUCCACUUCCUGCAUAUGCUGAAUACCAGGUGAGUUGUUGCUAAGCAGCUGACUCAUUGUGGGUGUCAGUAAAAAGUUGUAUGUUGGUUAUAUAAACAAGAGCAGCUCAGCUGCAGACAAUCAGCAGUGAUGGCCUUCAACAAGCUGAUCUGUGUGGCGGCUCUGCUGAUCCUGCUGGUCAAAGACUGUGACUCACAGCUCUCCGUUUGUGGUCAACCUUCCCCUUCACUCAACACCAGGAUUGUUGGAGGACAGGCAGCUCCUGCAGGCAGCUGGCCCUGGCAGGUCAGUCUGCACCGCUCCUCCAGCCACUUCUGUGGAGGAUCUCUGAUCAACAGCCAGUGGGUGCUGACUGCGGCUCACUGUGUCCGAGGGGUUAAUGGUGGGACAGUGACGGUGUAUCUGGGUCGUCAGAGUCAGCAGGGAUCCAACCCAAACGAAGUCUCUCGGACGGCAGCACAGAUCAUUUCUCAUCCCAACUAUGAUGUUCAAUCUUCCAACAACGACAUUGCCCUGCUGAGGCUCUCUGCACCAGUCACUUUCACCAGUUACAUCUCCCCCGUCUGCCUAGCCGCCGCAGGCAGCAUCUUCUCCAGCGGGGUUAACUCCUGGAUCACUGGCUGGGGCAACAUUGGGAGUGGAGUUCCUCUUCCGUCUCCUCAAAACCUGAUGGAGGUGGAGGUGCCAGUUGUGGGGAACACGCAGUGCAAGUCUAGCUAUGGGGACAGCGCCAUUACUGACAACAUGAUAUGUGCCGGGUUACUAGAGGGAGGGAAGGACUCCUGUCAGGGGGAUUCAGGCGGCCCGAUGGUGAGCAAGCAGGGGGACCGCUGGAUUCAAUCAGGAAUUGUAAGUUUUGGAGAAGGAUGUGCUCAGCCAAAUUUACCAGGAGUCUACACCAGAGUGUCCCAGUAUGAGAGCUGGAUCAACAGCCUUAUCAACACCAACCAGCCAGGCUUCAUCACCUUCACGUCCAAUGGGAUGGACGGUCGUCUCAGCGUUUCCAGUACAACCUCCAACCCUACAAUUCAUCCACCAACCACAACAACGACUCUGACAACUCCCACCUUCACCCCAUUAAUAAACAUAUCUGAAGUUUGUGGUCAACCUUCACUCAACACCAGGAUUGUUGGAGGACAGGCAGCUCCUGCAGGCAGCUGGCCCUGGCAGGUCAGUCUGCACCGCUCCUCCAGCCACUUCUGUGGAGGAUCUCUGAUCAACAACCAGUGGGUGCUGACUGCGGCUCACUGUGUCCCAGGGCUUGAUGCGAUCCCAUCUCUUGUGACGGUGUAUCUGGGUCGUCAGAGUCAGGAGGGAUCCAACCCAAACGAAGUUAUUCGGAAAGUAGCACAGAUCAUUUCUCACCCUAACUACAGUUCUGUCAACAACGACAUUGCCCUGCUGAGGCUCUCUGAACCAGUGAACUUCACCAGUUACAUCUCCCCCGUCUGCCUGGCGGAUUCAAACAGCUCCUUCUACAGCGGGGAUCCAUCCUGGGUUACUGGCUGGGGCAACACCGGAUUGUUUGAGUCACUUCCUUCCCCAGGAAACCUUUUGGAAGUUGAGACAGAUAUUGUGGGAAAUGGUCAAUGCAGUUGUGAUUACAGUGAAAUAUUAGGAGACCAGAUUACUGACAACAUGAUAUGUGCUGGGUUUCGUGAAGGAGGGAAGGGACCAUGUUUUGGAGAUUCUGGAGGUCCACUAGUGACCAAGCAGGGUGAUCGAUGGAUUCAGGCUGGAAUUGUGAGUUUUGGUGUUGGUUGUGCUGAGCCAAAUUUCCCAGCAGUCUAUGCAAGAGUGUCCCAGUACAAUGACUGGAUCAACAGUCACAUCACUAGAAACCAGCCGGGCUUCAUCAGAUUCACGUCCAACGGGACGGACAGUGACUUAACCGUUUCCUGUACAACCUUCAACCCUACUAUUCAUCCACAAAUCACAACUACUGAACCUCAGCGUGUGGUCUGUGGACAGGCCCCACUGGCUUCCAGGAUUUCGGGUGGAGUUUCUGUGGCGUCGGCCGGUGCCUGGCCGUGGAUGGCCAGCUUACUGAAGAACGGCCAGCACGUGUGUGGAGGGACGCUGGUGUCUGAGAAGGACGUGCUGACCAACGCCAACUGCUUCUCAGGCCCCCCUAAUGCCUCUGAGUGGACGGUGGUGUUGGGUCGGCUAAAUCAGAACGGCGUGAACCAGUUUGAGGAAUCGUUUGAUGUGGUAAAUAUCAGCAUGAGCAACCUGACGGGAACCAACAUCGCAGUGCUGACGCUGUCGUCGUCCCCCACCCUGAACAAAUACAUUUGGCCGAUCUGCCUGGACAACGGAAGAACAUUCCCAGAGGGAGCCGCAUGCUGGGCCGCCGGCUGGAGCCCUGGAGCAGGAGGAGAGGAACCUUUGCAGCAGUUCCAGACAAAAGUGCUAAAUUGUGGGGAUGCAUCAGCAGCAGACAGCAUGUGCACAGAAGACUUUACUCUGGGACAGGGCGACUCUGGUGGUCCGCUCAUGUGUAAGCAGGACGGCUCCUGGUUCCAGGCAGUGGUGCUUUCAUAUAAUAAUACCUCCAACAGAAGGAAACGGGCCAGCAUGAAGGUCUUUGAAAAACUGAGCCGUUUUCAGGCUUUCCUGACCAAGACACUGGGACCGUUCUUAUCUCCAGCAACCGUCAUCACCGCCGUCACCACCAACAUCACAAAUACCACAAAUGCCACAACCCCCAACCCCAUGACAACCAGUGGGGUGAUAAUGCCUCACUUCCCCUCCGUCCUCUUAGGCCAUCUUCUCCUCUUAACUUUAUGCCUCCAACUCUUCACAUAAGCAGCAUUUAUACUGUCUGAUUUACAAGAUAUGACACAGAUCAAGCAGGUGAUGGUGUUUUAAUUUUAGCCCAAAAUGCUCCCUGGUACUUUACAGCUUGUUUCUGGUUUUGGUUAUUCAAUGCAGAUCUAAAGGAUCAGAAGCGUUUGGCAGCGACUUUCAGGCUGAAAACAUUUUUCUUUUCAUCCACAGAAGAAACUAAAAACAUAAAGCAAAAAUAGUUCAAAGGCUAAACCUGACAUGGUUGUAAAAUCAACCUUGAAAAAUCCAAACAAAUGUAUCAGAUCUAUAAAGAUUAACCAACAGAAAUGUACUCAAAAAAGGCUCAAUUUAAUCAUAUCCAGUUUUCCUGAAGUUUUAUCUUUACCAGAUUACUGUUAUAUAUUGUAAACAUGACUUGUUUCUGUUUCUUUAUUAAAACAAAUAAUUUUAUGAUAUUAUGCACACUGCUAUGAUGCUAAUAAAAAAAAAUAGAUUUUGAUUUAUAACAAAUACAGUUUCAAGAAACAUUAUAAAACCAAACAAUAAAUUUUUAUCUUCAUUUUAGAAAAUAAAAAAUAAGGUGUGGAGAACGAUUCAAGCAGAACGCCUUUUUGUUAUAUUAAAAAUACACUUUCAAUAUAUAUAUUAGUAAUGCAUU